AUGUCAACCCCUUCCUCUAGGGGCAGAAAGUCAGAGAAAUCGGAAGAUUUAUUUAAAGGACCUGAUCCAGCUAGUCCACUCAUUCAGUCAGGAGCAAAUGAAUUCUACUCCGAAAUCCCAACAAUACUUCCAGUUGUCUAUGAAGAACUCAUAAGGGAGAGUCCCGAAGAAUCUGUUUUACCACCCUUACCACAAGUUAUUUCGGAUCGUCAAUGUCGAUUUGGAAAAGAUUUUUCACGCGACCGCUCUUAUGAUUCAUUCACUAUUCAGGAAGAAACCAGAAAGGCCAGAGCAGAACUAGCGAAGUUGAGUAAUUUGGGUGGUAAACAUUAUCCUCGACUCGGUCGCCUAUUGGAUAAAAUAAGUAGAAGCGCUCAGGAGGAAAUUGAACUAUUCCAGAAACAGGAUAAAUAUCAGUCAUUGAAAAGAACUCGGCAACAUUCCAUGCCAGGAAGAUUGGCACCUUCUGAAAAUCAAGUUUCCCGGGUGCGUUAUUCCUACCCUAUGGCCAAUGGUCCUAUGACUCCAAAUGUUCCAUCUUAUUCAUAUCCCGAACAAAUACCGGGUUUCAAUGAGUAUUCCCAACAAAUACUCAAAAUACAAUCUCGAAUGCCAUGUAAAAGGUCAUAUGCCUCAACACCAGGACCACAACGGUUAAGAGCAUGUCCUAUGCCAACACAAACCCCUAUCAUUAAGAAACCUAUGGCAAGGGAGAUGAGCUGUCCUCCUCCACAAGCAUCACAAUAUGGACAGCAACGUUGCUGUCAGAAAGUUUACUCUGUACAGAAACCCCCGAUGGCAUGCCAAACAGAUGAUCUUGUAAAUUUCGAAAAAUUGAAGGAAGAUGUCCAAAGAAUAAAUAGGUCAAGAAUUAAUAAAUGUAAUCAGCAAAUUCAGCACCGACCAUGCAGAUCUGCUUCACAAGAUGGUUACUACACAUAUCAACCAGGAUACACGAUGAACAAUCAGGCCAUGAGUUAUCAGCCAUCCUACGGUUAUUCUCAGCAGUUAUCCAGAGAUACUCACUUAAAAUGUGAGUCUGCUUCCAAGAAACCUUCAGGGUCUACUCAAAAUAGACAGGUAGGAUCUUACCAGGGAUAUAUUCCUGGCUAUGAGCAGACAACCUAUGGCAACAUUUUUAAUUAUCAUCUUCCUAAUUAUUAA